AUGCUUGUCUUCCGCCCGCCCGCCCAACGUAAUCCCAUCGUGUCUCGUCGCAAAAAGUGUCUCGACCCGUCGCGCAUUGUGAACCUCGCCCCCUUCCUCGCCCAGCUCUACCCCUCCCCUUUCCCUCGCACCACGGACAGCGAUAUGGCGAACCGGGCAGACGUGCCACUUCAGCCCUCCUCCAUACAGCGACGCACGAGGCGGGGUUCCCCAGGCUGGACCGAUCGACGAGUGCAACGACAGGAAGGCGGCCGGAUCGACUUGGAACGUCCGUCUUCGUUCGGUUUCGACCGCGGCGGUGACGAGACUUGGGCCAUUCGUCCGGCGCUCCCCGUCGCCUCGCUCUGUGUCCUUCCGCCGGGUUCCCCCAUCUCGGCGCUUGCGGGGGAAGGUCGUAACGAGCCACGAAACCAACCUGCCCGCCAUCGUUCGAUAAGGCGCUCCAACCCCCCGCCCGACCCCGUCCCUCUACCCUCUUCCUCCCUCGUUGAUCCCAGGACCGACGAGAACGGGGGCGAGGGAAGAGGGGCAGCGGGGCCAGCGGGGGAAAAGUCCAAGAAAGAUCCACUCCCAUCCGAUCCGGGUGCGUUGGUCGGGCAAUGGAAGAGUUGCUCCGACCCUGCCCUCUCCUUCCCCCCGCCCCCACUCGCGUGA